UUUCUGAGGUAGCGUGCAGGUUACUGUGGUCUUUGUCAGCUUCCACCAUGGCGUACCGUGGCCAGGGCCAAAAAAUGCAGAAGGUGAUGGUGCAGCCCAUCAACCUCAUCUUCAGAUACUUGCAAAAUAGAUCUCGGAUUCAGGUGUGGCUAUAUGAGCAAGUGAAUAUGCGGAUAGAGGGCUGUAUCAUUGGUUUUGAUGAGUAUAUGAACCUCGUAUUAGAUGAUGCAGAAGAGAUUCAUUCUAAAACAAAGUCAAGAAAACAGCUGGGUCGGAUCAUGCUAAAAGGAGAUAAUAUUACUCUGCUUCAAAGUGUCUCCAACUAGAAAUGACUAAUGAAGUGAGAAAUUGUUGAGACGGCAAUACAGUUUGUGUUUUUUAGGUCUCCUUUGUUAGGAGCAUAGUUC